GGUCUACUCUCUACACACACCUGAGUUUUGGAAAUUCCAUCUAGGGACCUCCACACGCCUGAGUCCUGGCGACUAGGCUUGUUUUCGUGUACUUCCUUCUGGUCCGUUCUAAGUUUAGGCGUGAGCAGGCACCAACACGAGCAGUGUAAGCGCCUUAGCUGGGUAGCUUAGUCUAAGAACCUUACCUUAGCCUGUCAGCAGUGUUUUUUCGGCAAACUAGGUUCCACAUAUUUAGGAGCUGGAAUCAGAAGCCGAUUAUUUCGUGAUUGGCAUUUCUGUUAGUUGAACUGGUGUAAGCUCCUGAAUUAGCUCAGAAUCUUCUUGCCGCUGGGCAAAGGUAGCCUUAGAAGCGGAACGGAUUCAUUUUUUAUUUUCCGUUUUAGCAGUAUGGCUUCGUCUGAACCUUCACAGCAUUGGGUUUCAGGAGAACCUAAUAGCAUGGCGUUGGCUUCUAUUUCGCUCAGUCUCAACUCCAACCUUUUCUCUCAGCACACUGCAUUAACGGCUGGUUACCUGGACACAACCAAAGACAUUGCGACACAUGUUGACGAACACAAGGCUCUUCCUUCAGCACCAAUCAAGCGUUCAGCCUCGAGAACGUCAGACGAACUCGUGCAUCAUGGCGAUAUUCGUGACGACAUCCGUCAACGCCCGGCACUGGUCGUGGCUAAGGGAGGGCUAACGGACCAUCACCUGCUGGCAGCGUCUGAUCAGAAUGCUGGGAACUUGGUGACGAUGUCAGCAGGAGGCAAUGCCGGUGGCCUCGGGCGAAUGCUCAACGACCUUUUUCGUAGCAACCGGGGAAUCACUCCCUUAGGUUAUCGCCGGGGUCGCGGAUCAAUGCAGAACUGGCGGCAUGGCAGGCAUGAGACCGCCAAGUUCGACGUGGAGCACGCGGCGACGGCGAUCGCGGAGCCGGAGAAGAAAGCGGCGGACGCGGAGCGCAAGAAGCGCGUGCUGAUCCUCAUGAGUGAUACCGGCGGAGGCCACCGCGCCAGUGCUGAAGCGAUCAAGUGCACGUUCGAGCAGGAAUACGGUGAUAAGUACGAGGUGACCAUCAUCGACCUGUGGAAGGAGCACACGCCCUGGCCCUUCAACCAGAUGCCCAAGAGCUACAGCUUCCUCGUGCGCCACGAGACGCUCUGGAAGGUGGCCUUCUACGCCACCAAGCCCAAGUUCGUGCACCAGCCGCAGAUGGCUGCGACCUCCGCGUUCGUUGCGAGGGAGGUAUCCAAGGGGCUGGAUAAGUACAAGCCGGACGUGAUCGUGAGCGUGCACCCGCUCAUGCAGCACAUCCCUCUGCGCGUGCUGCGCUCCCGAGGCCUGCUGCACCGCAUCCCCUUCACCACCGUCGUCACCGACCUCACCACGUGCCACCCCACAUGGUUCCAUCGCCUCGUGACUGUGUGCUUCUGCCCCACCAAGGACGUGGCGCAACGAGCUCUCAAGGCGGGCCUCCAGCCGCCUCAGAUCAGAGUGCAUGGGCUGCCCAUCCGACCAGCAUUCGCCAAGCCCCCCGCAGCUCCCCGGGACGAGCUGCGUCGGGUAUUGGGGAUGGACCCUGACCUGCCAGCGGCGCUGCUGAUAGGCGGAGGGGAGGGCAUGGGGCCUGUGGAGGCCACUGCGAGGGCGCUGGCAGCCACUCUGGCGCCGGGAGCUGAGGGUGGGGGGGCCAAGGGGCAGCUGGUGGUCAUCUGUGGGCGCAACAAGAAGCUGCUGGCCAAACUGCAGGCCGCCUCAUGGCCCGUACCCGUGCUGCUGAAGGGCUUCGUGACCAACAUGCCGGACGUGAUGGCAGCAUGUGACUGCAUCAUCACCAAGGCCGGGCCUGGCACGAUAGCAGAGUCCAUGAUCCGUGGCCUACCUAUGGUGCUCAACGACUUCAUCGCUGGUCAGGAAGCUGGAAAUGUCCCGUAUGUUGUUGAGAAUGGCACGGGGUUGUUUGAGGAGAACCCCAAAGAGAUCGCACGCAUUGUGGCGGAUUGGUUUGGGCCCAAGGCGGAUCAGUUCAAACAGAUGGCGGCCAAUGCGCUCCGCGUUGCUCGCCCAGAUGCAGUCUUCCGCAUCGUGCGAGAUUUGGACCAGCUUGCUUGUCGACCCCACACCCUUGACAAUGUCACCUUUGCCUUCACCUGAUAGGUGCUUGCUAGUCCUGUUAGAUGAUUUGUGGAUUUUGGAGCUUGAUAAAUUGGUGGUUUAUUUGAAUGAAACGAAUGAUGUGAAUAUGUUCCAUAUCAAUGAACAAUUACGGAUGGU